GUCUUGCCUGACCUUGCUGAGGUAUCAAAAGAUAUUUUGGAGAAGACCUUGCAGUCCCUUGGCAUCAAGACGAGUGACGAUUUUCAGUUUCUCAAGGAAAGUGAUUUGUUGACGGCUUUGAGGCCUAUUCAGGCCAGAAAAGUGCUCGCUGCGUGGAAGCUGAGAUGUAAGUAUUCCAGCAUAGGAUGCAGUCAGCCCUGGUGCUGACUGGGUGGAUACGUGCCAGGUUCCAUGGGGCAAGUUCCCAGAAGAACUCGUUCAGACUCUAGAGAGGGGAAAACGGCCGAGCCCUCGUCUAAGAAGGGUGAUGGUCUGCAUUGUCGUUUCUGAUAUGAUGCGGAGAAGUUCUUCAGUGAGUAAGAGGACCUCAACAGAUAUUGCCAAAAAGAUGGUGGCAAAGUAUCCAAAAUCUUUGCAAGACGUUAUAGAGGGAGAUAUUAUAGGCCCAGGAUACCACUCUCUUGUGAAACAACUGCAAAAUAGAAUGGAAAAUGUGAAGAGAUCUACAACACCAAAAAUAAGAAAAAGAAAGAGACACACAGAGGAUUCUGACACAGAUGAAGUCCCUCCAGAACAAAGAGCAGCAAUCCAGGACACCUAUGGGUGCAUCAAGUGGGAUGUAAAAUUCCUGCCCCUUGGAGAGACCCCGGAGAGCCAGCAAGAGAAGCAAGAAAAACUGAGGCGGAUGUCCCAGCAAACUAAUGCAAAUCCGGAGGAGAUUAAACAAUUAAUGAAGUCGACAUUCUUCACACAACGUAAACAAGUAAACCAGGGGAAAAAUAUAAAAUACCUCCUGGAAGGCUGGCCCUCUUGGUUCAGUGAACUUGGCAUGGGUGUGCAUUUCAAGGAGCUCACAGGAAUAGCGCUUAAAGAAACUUUCAUACAGAAUGUGGACCUGAAGGGAAAACGGCUCCUGAACUACAUGAGUACAUUUUGCAUGAGCAAGAACAAGAAGUUCCUGCAGGCUGCAACGAGGGUGAAAAUGUUGAGAGGUGCUGAGCUGAGCGGCUGCUCCGAAGAUGUGAAAGAAAUGGUCCUGCUGCUGAUGGCCUAUUUUGAGGAAAGAGAAGAGAUGAUGCUUUCUAAUGUGGAGGACACCUGUCUGGCAGGGGAAAUCCAGAUGGACAAGCUCCCCGUAACUCCUACCAUUAUUGUUUGUGGGUGAUCCUGCUUUACUUCCACACGGUUUAUGCUCAGUGUUGACAGAACCAUUGUUCAAGAGAACAUCCCCUCCUUUGUGUUGUCAAUGUGUAUGAUGUUUGGAAGCUAAUACAGCUUCAACAUUCACUACCCAUCCGAGCUGGCAUCCACCCUAGAGUUCCUGCAGAGGUGUGUCAUUUUGGAUUGUUCAGCCAACAUUUUCUCUGUAUUGAACUGUAACAACAACAACAAAAAAGUAAAAAAGUUGCUUGAUGUGAUAUUUCAUUGUUGUUGUUUUGGAAGUUACUUUAUCAUUAAUACAUUUUGUCUGUUUUUCUUCUGUUUCCCGAGGUGCUUUUUCUCCAUAAAUCCUGAGAAGGGCACGAAAGUAGAGAAGAGCAGUACCUCCCGUCUACACUUGAACCCCAGAGUCCUCACCUUGAUCCAAGACCUUUCAGAUCAUGAGUGGCGGGACAUCUGACUAUGGACUCAAGUAAGCCAUGGUUUGUGGUGAUGUCCCUGUCACAGAUAAAACUUUUCUUUGGGUGGGUUAGUUCUUUAAACUUUAACAGUAAACAUUACAGAUAAAAAUCUUUGUUUGAAGUUGUGAGUUUGAUUGUGUUUGUGAGUGUGCAUGUGAGUCUGUGAGUCUUAGUGCAUCUGUGAGUCAGUCUGUCAGUGUCUGUGUGUGCGUCUGUGAGUCUGUGUGUUUGUGAGUCUCAGUGUGUCUGUCUCUUUGUGUGUGUCUGUAAGUCUGUGUAUUUUAUCAUUAAUAUAUUUGUCUGUUUUUCUUCUGUUUCCCAAGAUACUUCUUCUCCAUCAACACAGAGGGCAUGAAAGUGGAGAAGAGCAGCAGUUCCCGUCUACACUUGAACCCCAGAGUCCUCACCUUGAUCCAAGAAGGUUUCUUAUGGUUGCUUAGUUACUUAAGCUUGCAUUAUUAUGUUACAGAUGAAAAUAUUUGUUUGAAGUUGUGACAGUCUGGUUGCACGUGUAUUUCUUUAUA